AUGAAGCUUACUCGAGCGCUUCCCGCCGCUAUCUUGCCGCUCACGGCCGCCGCCGCGACCUCGGCCGCGGACAUAAUCAAGAUCGUCGCGCCCGGCUCCGUCCAGUGCGCGGCCGCCGCCGCGCCCGACUGCCGGACCGCCGAUCAGGCGGCCCCCUUUCUCAUCGACAGCAUGGCCAAGUACGAAGUCCUUACGUACAACGAGAUCGCUGCCGUGCUGUCCCUCAUGGCCUUUGAGUCGGUCGAUUUCAAAUUCAAGCACAACGUCAGCCCCGGCCGCCCCGGCCAGGGCACCGCCAACAUGCAGAUGGACAAGUUCAACCUCGAGUACGCCAAGUCGCUGCCCGGGGUCAAGGACAAGGUGGCGGACGUGAAGUCGGUCGACGGCCUGGACAAGGACAAGCUCAACGAGAUCCUGGCCCUCGUCACCCCGGACGAGUACAACUUUGGCAGUGGGCCGUGGUUCUACGCGACAAAGUGCGGCAGCGCGCAUGCAGCGCUCGUCGCCGACCUGGACAAGGGAUUCGAGGCGUACAUGCAGUGCGUGGGAGUGACCGUGACGCCAGAGAGGAAGGCGUACCUGACGCGUGCGAAGCAGGCAUUUGGAUUGGCUUGA